AUGGUGCCGUCGCAGCCGCAGCCGGACCACCUGCAGGAUACACUCAGGUACUCUCCCCGGCCUGUCCUUAGACUCGACGAGGAGGAAGAAGAAGAUGAGAGGAGCUGGGACCGAGCAUUACGCCCUGUAGCUUCAGAUUCGCCGGUCAUCAAUCGAUUUGGACACUCACGAGACUCCUCCGCCGAAAAGAUCGCACAGACACACCAACCCGUGGUCUCCCCACGACUCCACGGAUCGCAUUCGAGAAGCCCACUUGGUGGUGUCGUUGAACGAAUUAUUGACCCCAAGAGCGCAGCCUACGGCCAUCAUCGUCAAACUUCGAUCGUGCACGGCUACCAACACUCGAGAAAUGGCAGCUUGGCCUCGACCAGUUCCAGUCCGUUAAGCCCGCAGAUGAUUGCAGCCGCCGGCGUCGGCCUCGAACGUCCAGACAUGCAAUCGGUGGCCACCCGUAUCGAUGGCGACGCAGGCUACCCAUCGCGGCCCCCUACAUCCCUCUCAGGAAAUGUUGCGACCAUGGAACGUCCUACUGCCGCUGAUGCUUCUUAUGGCCAGACCCAACGCAAGCUCGAACGAAUACACAGUAAAUCGCGGCGCGACCACACCCCCCAUCACUCUCACUCGUCUCGUCACCAUAAGGACGAGCAAAAGACGGUUGGCGAAUAUGCGCUGCAUGUGUUGUUCACCUCAUUUAUCGCACAAGCCGAAGAAAAGUUAACGGAAUGUGUUACGGUUCCUCUCGACCCCGAGCCCAACGUCGAACAAAUAUGCGGCCCAGGAGUUGACCCGGCCUUUGAUCAAUUGAUUGUCGCUCUAGGUCACAUUGCUAGCCCGAAACCAAAAGCAUUGAUAGACUCCAUGAUGCUCUGGAGGAAAAGCAAAAGUGAUGCCGCCAAUGAAGCCCGCAGCCAUCUUCAGCAAUCCCGGAAUGCAGUGCCAGGAGGAGGACCUCUUAUUCGAAGAAAUACAGAACCAGUGCAGGCCGGAAUACCUGGCCAGGGAGGUCCUGAUGCUGCUUUCCCAAAUGGUCCGCCUACUCUCGCAGCAAGACAAGAGUUUGUGGCACAAGCUGAGCGUCGGUCAACUGUGUCUAUAUACAUUCUUUGCCGUGUUCUUCUUGAAGUCAUCAGCCAAAGCAAUCUUGCUUCGAUCACGCCUGAAAUGGAAGACAAGCUGGAGAAUAUUAUCUUUGGACAACUCAAGAUUGCGGAUACUGAUCAAUUGAUGGUAUCGCCCCUCAAGCUUGCUAAUUGGAAUCUGUUUGCUCAACUUCUGGGGCAUAUGAGUGGCAUCAAUUUUGUUGGAGUCACCAAGAGGUUCAUCGAAGACUUGGAAGGUUCCCUUCAGGCUCGCGAACGCGUGGUAAAGAGUCCAACGACAUCUUCGCAUCCUGGCCGAGAUGUCGAGGGAAAGGUGGAGCUUGUACUGGGAGGCAUGAAACAUCUGAGACUCAAGAUUUCACCUGAAGAAUCUUGGGAACAAUGCUGUGAUUUCCUCAUCUCCCUUGGUCGUCUCUUCCAGAAGUCCCAUGGACAAAAGAUCAAGACAGCCUUCUGUCAGGUGAUAGAGAUGCUUCUACUUCCAAUCGCAGCAAAGGCAAGCAAUAGCCAUUUCAUGCAUCCGAAAUGGGCAGAAGUGGUCGCUGCCAUCGGACCCCGUCUAGCUCAGAUGUUCAUGAAGCCUAGGCAUUGGAAUUUUGCAUUUCCGCUUACAGCGACACUGCUUUGUGUUUCAUCCCCUGACAACUUUGGUUCCCAAUGGUUGCAAUUGAUACUACCUCUGCAGGCCAAGAUCAAGGAUCGAGCCACUAAGCCUCUCUGUCUCCAGGUCAUCUCACGCUUACUAUGGACAUUCUUAUAUCGCACUAAUGAGACUUUUCAAAGCAGCAUGCGCAAGAUUGACGAGGUCAUGAAACUGGUUUUGCCAUCCUCCAAGCGAAGCUUGGUUGCCUCUGAUACUGCUUGUACUGAGCCUUUAAUCCAAAUCAUUCGAAUUGUUGGCUUCAAGUAUCCGGAAUACUGCUUCAGGAACGUGGUGUUUCCUCUCAUCAAUGCCGAGCUCUUCAUUUCCAAUAAAGAGCUGAAGGUCGAGCAGCUGGACCCCGAUAGAGUUGUAGUGGGUAUCAGGGCUUUCCUUUACAUCAUGUCAGAUCUGGAGAAUGGCGAACAAGGACGGCCGCCAUUUCCCCAAUCUUUCGGAAACUCGAGUCAUAAUUCGCUGCCUGACCGAUUCCCUGUCUCUCCAGCUAUGUCAUCUCCUCGCAACCUCCCUCUUUCUCAGCCAGCUGCGAUUUCUAAAGAAGAGUAUAUUUCUCGCCCUGUCUUGACACACGUUUUGAGUGAUGGAGUCCGGGAUUUUUACCUCAAAUUUUGUGAAAUCCUCGGGAAGAUCACGAUCAUAUGUGACAACACCUUUGGCGGACAAGCAGCACUGGAUGAGAAAUUCAACAGCCCUAUGCCGAAAACCCCCAUUACUGAAACCUUCACCUUCUCCCGUAAAGACGAUCACCAGAACGCCGCAGAUCAGAAGCAGGCAUUCUACGAACUUCUUCACGUAGCUGUUCAAGCGUUACCUAGAUCACAUGUGCAAUACAACAUUGCCGAGUCGUCAGCCAAUUCUUUGAAGGCCAUCGCAAGGCAGUCACACGCUCAACAGGUCACAAUGGGCUUUGCCCGUUUCAUAUUCAAUUUUGACGAUAGGUACUCGACGAUGUCUGACGGUGGAAUGCUUGGUCAUAGUCACAUUGAAAACACCUUGCGCUUAUACGUGGAGCUACUGCAAAUAUGGAUUGAGGAAAUCAGACAAAAGACUAGAGAUGCCGCUACAGAUGAGCCGGAAGCCAACGCGUCAGACAAACGAGCCAUAAAACUUGACCUUUCCAGCAUUUGGGCAGAGGUUGAUCAAGCAGAGGCUCAUGGAUUGUUCUUCCUCUGUUCCCAAUCACGCCGAGUUCGCCAUUUUGCAGUCACAGUUCUACGUUUGAUUGUUGAGUUCGAUAAGGCACUCCGAAAGGAAGCGGCCGAAGACAAAGACUCCAUACGACUCAUUGAUAUUCUUGAGAAUGAAUCCAGCAAGGUUAUGGAUUUCAACGAUGAGCAGCUGUCUGUCGCUGAACGAAGUCGAUUGCAACGAGGCCUGCAGAAUACCAACAACCAGGGCCCACUUGUUGAGCUUUGCGCCAGCGAUGUCUCUUACGACACGACUCUAUGGUUCAAAAUAUUCCCCAAACUCAUUCGGAUGGCCUAUGAGAAGUGCCCCUUUACAGUCACUAUAUGCCGUGAUCUUAUCUGCAAUCGCAUUUUACAAAUGUAUAAACCGAUCGUAUACCUCUCCGAACCCUCGCGAGGUCUCUACUACAACAACGAGACAGGCAGUGCCCGGCUUGGAGCAAGAUCCGCAACAACUCAACCUGAGGUGAUGGUGGAGCAAUGGAAAUUGUACUUGAUAUUUGCUUGCACUACGCUAGCAGAUCCAGGUGCUUUGCCCACGCCGCAGGAUCCUCAGCAUGUUCGAAUGGCCUCCAAGGCAUCCUCCAAAGAUAAGAUUGUGACAGCUCGGAUGUUGUUCAAGUACCUUAUCCCUCUGUUGUCUGUCUCGUCCGCGUCUGUUCGGGAUGCCGUUGUUGUUGCCAUGGGCUCCAUCAACAUUCAUAUUUACCGGACUUUACUUGAGGAGCUGCAAGGUCAGGUUUCUCGAUGCAAUGACGAGGCGCGAGCUCGGAUACACCAGCGGACGAACAGUAAUCCUAGGAGGAAUAGGCGGAUGGAUCUUCUUAGAACGGAAAUCACGCACGUUUUCAAGCUUACUUCACAUUUCCUUAACGACCCGGAGGUUUACAACAACGAGUUCUUCUUGACUACUCUCACUACAUACACAAAAGACCUGAAGUUGUUCCUCAUGGAUGGAGAGGUCCAGAUGGACUGGGAAUUUCAGAAACUCCGGCGUCAUUAUUGUGGUCUGAUGGAGGCACUUUUUGAAGGUAUCAACAAAACCAAAGAUCCAUCCCGAUGGAUGACCUUCGAGUCUCGCAAGUCGGCCUUUUCGCUCAUGGAAGAUUGGUGUGGAUUUUCACCGAAUCAAAACCAGAUUCGUGUUCGCGAAGAUACCAUGCGCCAGUCCCUGAUCGAUCAGCAGACUUUGGGGGAGAGAGGAACUGCCACUGCUGCAAUGGAGAUAGAAAAAAGGAACCUUCGCACUGCAGCCCUCAGUGCCAUGGCCGCUUUAUGUGGCGGCCCAAUUAGCGUCACGACUGAAAGCAACGUUGUUCUUCAGUUUGAUAUUCGACGUAUGCUUGCUUGGAUUGAUUCCAUCUUCAACUCUGGGAGCGACAAGAUGAACGUUAUUGGUAGAAGAGCUUUGCAUAAUCUGAUUGUCCACAAUCGAGAGGUUCCUUACUUGAUGGAGCACUGUAUUAUGCGAUGCUACUUGGCAGAGGCUCCCAAGGUGCUUGAAAGUUAUUUCACUGUGGUCACGCAAGUCUUGCAAGAUCACAUUGACUACCCUUGUCCCUUCUGGAAGUUACUUGGCCUCUGCCUUUUCACUCUGGGCAAUGAUCAAAGUGAGAUUCGAUCCAAGUCUGCAGUUGUUCUACGUAGCUUGGAAGUCCGACAGCAGAGAAACUCGAAGAUCCAGGAUUUCGACAUCAGCAUUUCCGACAAAACACAGGCUGUGUACAAGCUAGCACAAUUCGAGAUCUCCACCCGACUUGCCAAACAGCAUACCGAGUUAGCCUUUCACAUCUUCUCUGAAUUCACACUCUACUUUAAAGACCUUCAGCCCGCAGCCCAACGAAAUGUCGUUGCAGUAAUGUUGCCCUGGAUUCAAUCUAUAGAGUUAAAGCUGGAUCCGAGUGGUGGACCCGCAGCACCGUCUUUCGUGCUUCUCGCAAACCUCCUCGAGAUCACUAUCAAAUCCAGCGGUGCCCUACACAAUGAGGUUCAGGCUCUUUGGCAGGCUCUUGCAACAGGGCCUUAUCCAGGCAAUGUCCGUUUGGCUCUUGAGUUCAUCAUGCAGCUGUGUCUUGAGCGCCGAGAGCAAAAUUUUGUCGAGUACGCCAAGCAGAUUGUCGUGUUUCUUUCAACAACGAACAGCACGCCUGGCAUCAAGGUUGUGGAGUUCCUCCUCAUGCAAAUAACCCCCAGCAAUGCUGAGGCUCUUCCUGUUGGAACCAAGCAAGCUGGUUUUUCUCUUGGCCAGUUGUCCCUUAUUCUUCUUGUCGAUUUGAUGGUCUCCCCAGUCCACCUCACACUGGAGAACGUUCCGCUCCUACUUCAAGUUGUCACUGUUCUAUGGGAUCAUUACACGCCACUGGUUCAGGAGCAAGCGCGAGAGAUGCUUGUACAUCUUAUCCACGAAGUAGUAAUUUCCCAGAUUGACGAUCAGACACAAGACGUUGACAAAAGAGCUAUCGAGGACCUGAUAGAUUUAGUUCGCCGGCACGAUCGAUCCGUCGUUUGGGGGUAUGAGGAUAGCAACGGCAAGGUGGAUGAUCACGACAGCAAAGUGCCACCAAGCAUGGAGUUCCUUACGGCAGAGGUCAUCAAGACUUUCGAGAUUACAUUCCCAGGCAUCAAAGAGCAUUGGGGACGACUGUCACUAACCUGGGCCACAUCUUGCCCAGUUCGACAUCUCGCUUGUCGGUCAUUCCAAAUUUUUAGAUGUGUUCUCACAUCUGUGGACCAAGCUAUGCUUGGAGACAUGCUUGCUCGAUUAUCUAACACGAUUGCGGAUGAGGACCCGGAAAUUCAAUCAUUUUCGAUGGAAAUUCUGACAACUCUGAAGACAAUUAUUGUCAAGCUAGAAGCUGAGGACCUUCUUAGCUUUCCGCAAUUGUUCUGGACUACCUGUGCUUGUCUGGAGUCAAUAAACGAGAGGGAAUUCCUAGAAGCAGUUGAGAUGCUCAACAAAUUCAUCAGCAAGCUAGAUCUGAGUUCGCCUAAUGUGCGCCGAAUACUUGCAGAUGGGCAACCAUCUCGCUGGGAGGGAAUAUUCGAAGGUGUUCAGCCUCUUCUCCACAAAGGCUUUAGGUCGUCGCUUUGCUGGCAACCUACUCUCGAUACGAUAGACAAAUUGGUUCUUCUGCCGAGUGACGGGUUAGUCGGUGAUGAUAGACGCCUGUUCUUUUCGCUACUUGCCAAUUUCCCUCGCUUUCUCAACGAAUUGGAGAAACCUGUUCCAGAUGAGAGUGUUGUGCACACAGCGAGACUGCUUCAGGAGGAAGCGGACAACCAGGGGUUGGCUGGUGUUGCUGAGGCCCUGGAGGGGUUUGCUUUAGGUGACCCUCAAGAUAGUAGCAAGGAUUUCCUCAUUGAGUUCUGGGGAGCUUUACGAGAGUACUAUCUCCCUCAGAUGGAUUUCCCGAUGGUAACCUUUUUGCUCGGCCUUCUAACCAAUUCCCUAUCCUGGGUCAAGAUCCAGACAAUGAGAAUUCUCUGUGCUGCGAUCCCCGAAGUGGACAUGCGUAAGCCGGAACUUGCUGGGCACGGAUCUGACCUGAUCUCGCCUCUGCUUCGACUGCUGCAGACAGAAUUCUGCAUGGAGGCGCUUGAAGUAUUGGACAAUAUCAUGACCAUGUCUGGUAACCACAUGGACAAACACCACCUGAGAAUGAGCAUGACGCGACCGACGUCAAAGGCGAUUCGAAAGGAGUAUGAGCGCACGCAGAGUUUGUUUGGGAUUCCCGAAACGUCAGGAUGGGCUAUUCCUAUACCCGCAAAGAAAACUGAUGCUACGCGGGCCAAUAUCCACGCCGCGUUUUACACUUGCCAGGGUUCAGAGGGCAUGCUGACCGAGACAGCACCUACGCCUGAUGUAGAGUUUCAUGCCGAUGACUUCCCGUACAACUACUUUGGUGCACCGGAGCGAACCGAAACCAUGUUGUCUGACGAGGGUCGUGGUGAUGUUCACGCAGCAGACCUGGCAACCAAGCUGGACAGUCUUGACGACUUCUUUGAUGAGCCGUCGAGCCCUACGACUGACGAUGAUGGCCGGUCAUCAAGAACGAUCACUGAAUAUACACCGGAGUCGUUUGAGACUGGAGCAGAGCUAUAUGAUGAGCAGACCCUGCCUAUCCUCCACGAAGCCUCGAACAAUGCCUCUUUCCAAAAUGGCUUCGCAGACCGAUCUCCAGGGCUGUCGAGAGAUGCGAGCUCGAACACCAUGACACCGGGUGCCUUCAGUGUGGUUGUUCCUGCAGCGCGACCGGGAUUGCAUUCUAGAUCCAUCACGUCCCCCUCCGCGCCAGCUUCUUACCAACCACAAAUGGGCGACAUUGUAUCCGACGAUGAGUACCUUGGGGGUUACUCGGACGCCGACGACGAGCGACCUGGUACGGGACAUACCGAGGGCGCUUUUUACUUGGAGAAUAUGAUCAAGCCUGUAACUCGAAGGCCGCAGUCGAGGAUAAGACGCCAGCCAAGCGUUCGUUCACGAGACGAGAGAAGUCGCGAAAAGCCACCGCCUCGAUCGGCAUCACGACUAGCAAACAACGUAUAUCCCCCUGGGAUGCAAGAGCAUGCGGAAGGUGACAUGCUAUGA